ACCAACUAAUAUUUUCCUAACACAAUCUCAUCUAUAAAAAGGGUAAGCCUCUAACACAAACUCUGCUUCUGGUUCCUUACUUUCCAUCAGAUUAUUGGUAUUUUGAUUUGUCUUUGUGCAUGCGUUUCAAUGAAAACCCAUGAGUGUAAAUGGUUCACAAAAGCUAAGGCUAUUUUUGGCCAAAUUCAUUGUUAUUUGCUCAUUUGAGAUUCAUGAUCAUAUCCUGUAAUUCUCUGUUCUUCAAUAGGUCUCUUGCCUCAGUUCAUGGUCACUUCAAUAUAGGAUAGAACGAAGAAGAACACAUCAAUUUCCUAUCUCGAAAUCGUUCUGCUAUUCAUUUAUCUUGUGUUCUUUGAUAUGGGUUUUCUUCGGGGAAAGCCGGUUGUUAGGAUCGCAUUUGGAAUUAUGAUAGUCUUGAUCAUACUCUGCGGGAUUUGCACGGCGAAAAGAGUUCCUGCCAAUUUUGUGUUUGGUGAUUCUUUGGUUGAGGUAGGAAACAACAACUACAUUGCUUCUCUAUCUAAAUGCAACUACGUUCCGUUCGGAAUAGAUUUCGGUGGGCGGCCAACGGGACGAUUCACAAAUGGAAGAACCAUAGUAGAUAUUAUAGGACAAGAAAUUGGUUUGGAAGAUUUUACUCCUCCUUAUAUGGCUCCAACAACCACCGGAAAUGUAACUCUGAAGGGUGUGAAUUAUGCUUCUGGUGGAGGUGGAAUCUGUAAUGAAACUGGGAUAAUUUUUGGUGGUAGAUUCAACAUGGAUGAACAAAUAGACUACUUUGCAAACACCAGGCAAGACAUAAUCUCGAGCAUAGGUGGUCCUGCGACAAUGAGGCUGCUAAGAACUGCACUCUUCUCGGUCACAAUGGGCUCAAAUGAUUUCAUCAACAAUUACCUUACGCCUGUUCUCUCAACUCCUGUGCAACAAACGGUUCCUCCAGAGAAGUUUGUGGGCUUCUUAAUCGCAAGAUUUCGGUCACAACUUACGAGACUCUACAAGUUGGGAGCUAGAAAGAUCGUUGUGUCGAAUGUGGGGCCUAUUGGGUGUAUUCCAUAUCAAAGAGAUCUGAAUCCAUCAGCAGGAGAAACCUGUGUUGCGUUGCCAAAUCAUCUAGCCCAGUUGUUCAACGGCAGGCUGAAGAACCUUGUACCAGAGCUUCGCAAAAACCUCAAGCGAUCCGAAUUUCUUUACGCGGAUGUUUAUCGUAUCGUAGACGAUAUCAUUCAAAACUACGAAUCCUAUGGAUUCCAAAAUUCGAAUACAGCUUGUUGUAAGAUCGCCGGCCAGUUCGGGGGUCUGAUACCAUGUGGUCCUCCCUCCGACAUUUGUCCGGACAGAUCCAAGUACGUUUUCUGGGAUCCCUACCAUCCAACUGAUGCUGCCAAUAUAAUCAUAGCUAUGCGCUUGAUGGAUGGUGGUUCUGAUGAUAUUUCGCCGACGAAUAUUCGACAACUUGUUCAAUCUUGAACUGAAGACUAGAUUGAGAUGGCUUCAAAAGAUGGUUUCACGUAGAACUUUAUGAAGUAGUUUUUCCUUCUCUUUUUCUUGAUAAAAUCUUUAAGUUAAUUUCGUGCCUAGUGACUGUGCCGUACCAUGUCAAAAAUAAAUUCGUAAAAACUCCUCCGUAGAAUAGUGGCCAAGAUCGAGUGUCGAUCCUCAGGGAUAGUGAGGCUGAGUUACUAUAAUUUCGAUUAAUUUUUAGAUUAA